CUAUUGUUGUGGAAAUAUUCAGUUAGAAUCUUUGAAGUUAUUUCCUGUCGAAAAAUACAAUCAUUUCCUGAGAGAUACACAAACCCACAUUUUACGUGUGUGUGUUUGUGCACAUGUGUGUGUGUACUGAAAGAGGAAGGCUGAGCAACAAGACAUAGAGGUUAGAGAGGUUAGAGACAGACGGGGUGAGAAAGUGGAAAAUCAGAAAGCUGGCUUGCCAAGGCUCGGGCUCCCAAACGGACAUUUGAAACAGCAAGAACCAAAUAUCAAAUGAGAGGGCUGGACAGCUGCCUUACCUGUGUUCCCAGACUAGUGGAUACACAGUGAAGACCAAAAGGCUUGCCUGCAGUGAAAAGUUGAAGACGAGAAAGGGAGAGAGAGAGAGAGAGAGGAGAGAGGAGAGCUGGCACUUGGGAGCAGACCAAAAAGCAGACCUUGAGAGGAGCUGUGAUGGAGAACCUGCCCGUCUACCACGGACCCAUCGGCAAGGAGGAGGGUGAACGGCGGCUGGCCCAGGACGGGCGAGAUGGGUGCUACCUCGUCCGCAACAGUGAUUCUGUGCCGGCCGUCUACUGCCUGUGUGUGCUGUCCAACGGAUUCGUCUACACGUACAGACUCCACAAGGACGACUCAGGCUCAUGGGCUGCCGAAACCACUCCUGGUGUGCAGAAACGAUAUUUCCGGCAAAUCAGGAACUUGAUAGCAGCUUUCCAGAAGCCCGGACAAGGAAUUGCCAUGCCUCUGCUCUACCCUGUCACAGCUCAGAGACGGGCACAAACACACACAGAGGCGCAGACGGCCAGUAAUAGCCUGUCACCGACACACAGCAACCCCAACGGUUACCUCCAGCAGCUUCCGCCUCACGCUGCUCAGGGACAGACAAACAGGAGAGGCAAGGUUUUGGUUAGGGGUAAACCUUAAACUCACCACUGACCUAAUUAUAACAAAGAAAACUGUCUUUGCAUGAUGCCUGUUGUUGCAUUUUGCACGCUGCAUGUGAAGUAAAUGUCAUUCUUUUCCAAUUAGCCAGCUCCUGUUUGUUAAAUCAAGUCAUUUAGGUUCUAGCUGUGACUCAGAUCUUCAGUAUCCUUCCUUCCUGUCUUUUUUUUGUUUUUUUGUUUUUGCAUAUGAGGCACAGAAAGAGCCUCAUAACUUUCAGGGAUGUAAAAUAUUCAAUUGCUGAAACAUUAAUAUCCAUCACUGCAUACAUAAGUUGACAAGACAUAUUGUUCUCUGUUUUUCUUAAUUCAGUUAUGUUGAAUGACAAAAAGAAAAUAAAUGAUAUUGGUUGAAAUAAAACUCUUUUUAAAUGAGGUCACACAUACACAGCCUCCGUGUGACACAUAAUGUGGAACAAAAAAUUCAAUUUGACAUAUUGAAGUACUGAUUUCCGUGGAGAGAAGCUGACUGCUAGAGAGAGAGAGAGGGUGGGGGGGGAAUCUGUCAUUCAUCUGAUUGACAUUACUGGCUCCUCAUGAAAAAAAUGAGGGAGAGAGAGAGAGAGGGACAGAGAGGGAGAGAGAGAGAGCACCCAUUCAGCCCAGACAAUUCUUCAGUGCAGCGGUUUCCUAGCAACCGGACCCUCCAUCUUUUCACCACCGAGAUGAGGUUGGACAGUAUCUAGCGGAGCAUAUGGUUUAGAAGGGAAGGUGCAUCGCAGCCGAUCAGCAAAGUGCUAGUCAGGAACGUAUAUCACCUGCUCACAGUCAGAACAUAUGCAUUGUGCGGCUUUGUCAUCCGCAGCCCAGGAGAGAAACACAAACAAUUAAUGGUGGGCAGAUGGUGGAGUGACGGUGGGAGGGAGGCGAGUGGGGGAUAGGCAGACGGACGGGGAGGUGGAUUAGUGGUAGCUAGAUUAAAAAAAAA